UCCAACGCCGCAGCUGCCCCUUCUAAAUGUGUAUACACAGCCGAGAAAUCUCAACUCCGACUUACCUGCCUUACUCAUAUCAUAGCCUGGACGCAAAUGAAUAUUUGGUUACAGCCACUCAAACGAGGCGUAUCAAUCGAACAAUAUCGCUCCUCCACACCUGGGACCCAGAGCUUUACAACCGACUUUGCUUCCAGCCGAGAUAGUCUCCGCUCCUUCGGCCGUCCGAACUCUUCCAGCUCCGCAGUUCCAAUCGCGAAGUGCAGUGAAAAUUCUUCCAACAUGAAAAGACGCCAAAACACCACGCAUAGUGCCAAGAAGAAAGCUUUCAGCCUCUCGCCUGCUUUCAGCUGAGAAUCCUGCCGUCAGCUCGUUCGAUCCUUCAAACAAUAUGAUAAUAUAGUCGUGUAAAGAUCCGUGCUUAAAGAUUGGCUCACCUUUUUUCGGCCGGGUGAGAGAGGAUUUCAAACCCGUCUUUUGUCUCUCACCAAAGUUUACGCUGGUGAAGUGGACUUGUUUGGUGAUCGGUAGAUUCAGUGCAGUGAUCGGGUUUCGGAUUCUCGGGCGUGAUAACGAUUCCGGCGUCUCUUGUGCGUUUUUCUUUGUUGAAUAUUAAAUUCCAGUGUUUAAUCCUCUUACUGUGUUAUACCAAACCGUUCAAAAUGAAUCACACGGAGUCGUGUUGGAAUCCCAACUCCACGUUACAGGAGAAUACGUUAGCACUAGUCUUUUGCCAAAGUGAAACACAGACAUUUGAUGAUCUCCGGAAAAUGUCUAGUUUAGGAUUAAUUAACUUUGCUGUGGAUAGGUACCAUUAUUUAGUCGACACAAUAAGCGACCCUCGAGUCAGCAGUUGGCCUCUCAUGGAUAGUCCUAUUCCCACUUUGGCAAUGGUGGUGACCUAUUUAUAUGUAGCUGUAUUUUUUGGACCUCGACUGAUGGCAAAUAGGAAACCUUUCAAAUUGAACAAUCUUCUGGUUAUUUACAAUGCUGCCCAAGUCUUAUUUAGUGCCACAAUGCUCUGGGAGCACCUGAUGAGUGGAUGGUUGUUAGACUAUAGUUACAAGUGCCAACCGGUAGAUUAUUCCCACAAUCCAACAGCAAUGAGGAUGGCUAAUCUUUGUUGGUGGUACUAUAUUUCAAAACUAACUGAGUUCGUAGACACGAUGUUCUUUGUCUUGAGGAAAAAAGACAACCAGAUCAGUUUGUUACAUCUCUACCACCACUCUUUGACACCUAUUGAAACCUGGAUUUGCGUCAAGUUCCUUGCAGGCGGGCAUGGCACAUUUUCGAACCUCAUUAACAAUAUAGUCCACGUCAUUAUGUACUUUUAUUACAUGAUGUCUGCGAUGGGCCCGCAAUAUCAAAAGUAUCUGUGGUGGAAAAAGCACUUGACUACACUUCAGCUGGCUCAAUUCACCCUGGUUUUCUUCCAUUCGCUCCAAGUCCUGGUCUUCGACUGCAGCUACCCAAAACUGGUGGCAGCUCUCCUCUUGGUCCACUCGACCAUCUUCUUCGCGCUCUUCUUCGACUUCUACCAGCAAGCCUACAAGAGGAACCAGCGCCCACAAGCCAACGGCAAAAUCGAAAUGAACGGCAAGGUCGAAGCGAACGGCAAGCACGAAAUGAACGGCAAACCUAUGCUCAACGGGAAACACGAGAUGAACGGCAAACCUCUGCUGAAUGGAAAGCACGAAAUGAACGGCAAACCCUUGAUGAACGGUAAACCACUCAUGAACGGGAAGCCUGAGUUGAACGGGAACAACAACAACUACUUGAACGGCAAUCACGAGAUGAACGGUAGAUUGACGAUGAACGGGAAGCCUGUUAUGAACGGGAUGAACGGUAAAUACGAGAUGAACGGUAAAUAUGAGAUGAACGGUAAAUAUGAGAUGAACGGUAAGAUGGAGUUGAACCAUAACAAUAACCGAGAGCUGAAUCAUAACAAAGUAGACUAGGGAAUCUGGAGGAACGGAAAUAUGGUCCGAAUACUCAACUGACCGACCCGAUUUCGCGAUCGGCGGUUUCCUUUUGGAUCCCUUUGGAUCGAGCACCGAGUCAUGCUCGUGUGAUCCCUGAGCGUCGCGCGCGUCUCCCCCACGCGACACGCGAACAACGAAAAUGUACCUGCUUAAAACAAGCGAAACUGAUACUUGAAGUAGUUAUUAAGCUAUUAUUCUUCUUAAGUGAGUAAAAUUUAAGUACGUAAACUUACAACUUAAAAAUUCACUAAUGCUCGUAACUCAUGUGUAUCCAUGUGUAUAGUAAUGUUUUGUUUUUAGGACUUGUAACUGUUUAAGACUGAAUGUCAUACGGCGGGUCCGUCACAGAGCCCUUUCUUAGUCUGUUAUAGCCUGUUUUGGACGAGCUUGUCACGUGACCUUGAACUGUUAUCGAAAAAAUCUUAUAUUAAAAAGAAGCAAGAAAUACCAAAUAAUACCAACUUAUAUUUUGCCAAUCGGUUAGCUUUCGUGCUGAUCAUCAGAUGCUAAAAAUUUCAAGGUCACGCCCUUUGCAAAAGUCACGAUUUUCCCCAGAGCGAGCUGUGCAGUCAUAUACUGUUCGUACAUUUGCUCAGAGAAUGUGAUUUUUCAACAAGACUGACAGCAGAUUGUCAAUAGCUCGUCGUUUCUUCUCCAUGAGUUAAUUUGACGCAACUUUUACAACAAAUUUUGUGGGAUGUUGACUCAAAUUUUAACCACACUAUCGUGUUUUUGCACAAAUCUGCUAUGUUUAUUAUCUUUCGAAGGAAUCCAGUUUAUCCAUCUUAUCAUGAUUCUGAGAAGGUGCACUCGCUACAAAUUCAUGCAGAUUUAUUUCUGAUGGUCUUCGAUAGUUUAAAAAAAAAUUUCAAUACUAUUUGGAAUCGGUGACCUGUAUUUAAAACAAUAUUGCGGAAACCUGGCUGCUAGUGAAUUCUAUCUUAAGCGGGGACACUUGAUAAAACGUGCAGCUGAAACACAAAUUAUUUAAUCAAAACAAUGUGUGUUAUUUUUUACCUAGAUGCAAGUUUGAUGAGUGAUCAAAAUUUCUCUGAGGGGUUCAUACCCUCUCGUUGAUUGAUACGUAAUUCUGCACGGAAAAACUGCACGCGGCACCAUUUUCCUAAUUGGAAAUUAGUGUAAGAAUUCCCGCUCUUAAAUUUAUAUGAUCUCACUUUUACGCCAUAACUAGGCACGUUGGCCACAUUUCCAGCAUUUUUAAGUCUAUUUAAUUGACUCAAGUGGUGUUUUCUUACCCGGCACGAUACACUGUUCGGCAGUGCGGUUCCAUAACGUUAGAACACUGCAAAAAUACUGUGAUACGUUCCAAUAUCCGUGACAAAUUUUCACUCGUUGAAAUUUUCAAAGCGAUCACUGUCAACCACCAAUUGCUGAUCAGAAUUUUUGUCGGCUCUAGUGCUGAUUGUUUGUUUCUGAUUCUUGCCUCACAACCGGGCAGCGAAGCUUUUUUCGUUGAAUUCUUUCAAAUCAUCGCAUUCUUGUAAAUAUUAGUUUUAAUUCUAAUGAUACCGGUUAAAUUAUUGCGUUUGGAUGGUUCUGUUUAGUAAAGGCGUGCAGUAUUAAUGGAACCAGAAUCGUCUCAAUACGAGCAUUUCUGAAUUGGUUGUUCAUUAAUUCGUUCUAACCUGACUGAAAAUCUCUUGAACAUGUAUGAAAAGUAAAAUCGAACCUAAUACUGGCACAAUGUUGCGAUUAUAUCUGUUAUGUAUGAAGUUGAGUUAAUAUUUAACGGAAGAUACUGCAACGAGUGUAGGUGCGCCAAAAACAGAAGAUAAACGCAGAUGUUUGCUGUAAGAUGAAGUAUCCGUAAAAUUGCAAUGUACGAUUCAGGUGAAAAUUGAAUUUUAAUUAUCACGAGAAAAACUCAAAAACUAGUAACACCUUAAAUCAUUCCAAUCAUUUAUUUUAGUGGAACUCAUGCAAUCAAAUUUAUCUCCUAUCAUUUUUUAUUUAAUAUUUUGAACUAGAUUAUUUCAGAAAAAUAUAAACGAUACUUUCAAUGGAAGAACUUCAAGGAGGAUGAGAUAUUAUUUUUAAAAUUUAAAGCGUUAAUUCUCAAGUUUCAUCCUGAUUUGAAACGGUGAUUUUAUUCUAUAAUGGGGUCGUUACAUGAACCAAAUUUCGGAUUUUAAAAAAAAAGGCGCUAAGUAACAUCAAGAUCAAACCAAGAGUGACAGUUUUGAAGUUUUAGCCCUGCAUAAUACGCAAUGUUGGAUGUAAACUUUACCCACUCCUUUCACAAUCAAAGUAUUUUUUAUCAAUCAUACAUUUUUCACAUGGUAAAUUUAAUUCCCAUUUUGUAUUUUUAUUUCCACCAAUUGAUGGAUUGAUUGAUUGAAGUAACCGUAGAUCGAAUCACCAUAGAUCCCUAAAACGAAUUUUGUCCUUCACGCGUGCAUUGUAAAUACUUAAUAAUGUAUUCCUAAUGUUAGAUGGAUUGAAUCAUUUGCGCAAAAAUACUUUUAUGUGCCAUAUUGCAAUGAGCAUUAAACCCUCUACGAUCAAAAUUUAUAAAAUUGAAUUGAUAAAAAAUUUGCAAGUUUGAAUAAACGCUAUUCCUUACAUCGAUAUAAAAACCGACGCAUUCAUUUUAAAUAAUAAUAGAUUUUUGUUUUUCUUACAAGGGGGUCUAAUAUUACUCUUCCAAGGGUACUUACUUGAAGGGUACCGCUACAUUCAAGACAUCUGUGUAGACUAACAAUAAAUAAUCAACAGGAACAGAAAUUCCACAGAAAGCUAAAAAAUAAAAUGAAAAAUUUAAAGAUCAUGAUAGAAAAGCUUAUAACGCAUACAUGUUUCUCAUGUCGUUAUUUAUUACUGCAGUGAGCGCUACAAAGUAAGGGAGUCAUGUGAAAAAAAAAAGUAAGAAAACAUCUGGAAUCGUUCGGACUAUACUGUUCGAUAAAACGAUAGGCAAUAACUUGAUUCGUCCUCUAUCAAUUUUCUUAAUUCGCCUCUAUCCCUCAUCUUUUCUAGAUCCAGAGUUAGAGUUAGCGCAGUCAAUCCCCGAUCCUCCUUUUUCUUCAAUCCAUAUACUUGUUGAUUUUUCUUAAGUGUACAAACUAUUCUAUUCAAUUUAUAUUUAUUUCAAUAUUUAUUUAUAAAGAGUACAAUUUUACCCAUUGGUUUGUACAUAUUCAUUGCAUUUAUACUCUUCUUUAAAUGUAGAAAUAGGUUAUUUAUUUCUUUUUUAUUUUCUUUUUUUAAACAAGGCCUCAAUGUGCAAUAUUAGGUAUUGACAUCAUCAUCUUCUUCAUCUCGCUUCAUGAUUAUGACUGUGAAUCAUUUCAUUCAUGAAAAUCACCUCAUUUAAUUUUUUUUUUUUUUUUUCAAUUCUGAAUGACGCGAAAAAUUUAGUCAUUCAUCAGUUUUCUUCCCUCUCUCAUACUCAUCCAUUACAUUUGAUACAUCGUCAGUUCAAAGCAGAUAAAGGCGCCUGCCACAUUUUCAAGCACCCGUAAAACUCUGGGCCUAUCGUCCUGAAAUAUGACGAAGGAUCUCAAAAGACAUAGUGACAAAUUCAUAAUCGCAAUUUGGAUAAGUUACAUUGGUUGUAAACUUCCAAAUAAAAGUAUUACGCAUUAUAUACUGAUCACGUUCAUACAUAUCAGUGGCGUGGCGUGCUUUGCGAUGUAUCGAUUGAUCUGCUUCUUAAACUUAUGGAAAAGGAUCGAUGAACAGGGUGUUCGCAACGAACACCUUAAUAAUCGAUUCUUUAUCAUUGCUUCCAAUGGGGAAAUAUCGAUAAUCGAUCAUUCACGCCUCGCCACUAAAUGCAUUUAUCUUAAAUACAUAUCUCCUCGAGCGUCAUCAUCAUACCAUCUUCUCAUCCUCAUUAUCACGUCACGAAUGAAUGAUUUUCAUUUUAACAUUCAUAAUCAUCGAUAGAAAUAUCAAUGCAUUUAGUUAAGCAAUAACUUACGUAAAAGUUUCUUACUCUUACAUUUUAUUACAUUUCAAAUUUAUUUUAAAAUGCUUCAUUAAUCGGACUUGCAUGGGCCCAUUGCGGACUGUGUGGGCCUUGUAUCCAUUUUCUCAUCCUGAUUUUUCCUUGAACAUUCUGAACUUCUAUAUCAUUAUCAUUUUCAUUUCCAUGAUUCCUAACGUUUCUAAUUUAUUUGUAAUUCUAAUUUAUUUUGAUUAGUUUAGUUUUAAGUGGAAAAAAUCGAUCAAAAUCAAAGCUUUCCAUAAAUCUCUCGAAAAUAAUACUCGCUGCUGUUCAUUAAUUACACUUCACGCUUUUUCCUUUUCUUUUUUUUUCUUUUUGAAAGAUGACCGAAAGGUUUUGCUAUUACAGCAAUUAGUAUGGAACGUUGAAGCUUUAAAUAUUGAAGUCCAUUCGAAAUUUGACUGAUUCUGUACGAGCCACCGAUUGAAUCAAUUUAAUCGCUCCGUGGGAUCUAAAACUCUAAUGUUCCGUAUCAAGAUUCUACUUUUAUUUCUUUGGAAAACUUAAACCAUGCGAUUUAAUGCUAUUUUAACUGUACAUAUGUAAUUUGAUACUUUUUCUUGCUUUUCCUAAGCUUCUAUCUUACGGCGACAUCUUGAUUUUAUCGAAUUUUAUCGAGCAGUAUAUUACGAUGUGUCCUCUUGAUCUUAAUUUGUCUAAAUGCGAUUAUCGCAGAUUGGUUAAACUGUGUCUCUUCCUUUGAAAAUCACAAAUGAUCGAUUCCUAAUGAGACAAUUUGCUUCAUCUAGAAUCGAUAGUUUUUAACACAUUUAAACGAGCAGAACCCAAGGAUUGACAAAUCUCCAGAAUCGCCACUGAAUUCAUGAACUGCUUGCACUGUUAGAAGAUGUGUAAUAUUUCCAGAGACAUGGGUUUUGUCCUCUGAUUGCUGGAUAGUAAGAAAAGUAUAUCGAAACAGUGUAUGUGUUGAUAAUUUCCAGAAACUGUUAUUAAGUACUUCUGAAGUAUACGACAGUUUUGUUUUUCCAAGGUACAUCGGCCAUUUGAUGGGAUUCGCGUAAGUUCAAAGAUCAAAAAUAGUGCGCUUAAAAUAGGUGUAAAGAAGAAACAGUCUUAUCAGCACUCCCGUUUAGAAAAUCAAUAUUAUUAGGCGUUCAAAUUUAUGAUUGGAAAAUAAAGGAAUACUGGAUAAAUCGAAACCCGAAUCUCAUCCUCCUUAAAUUUUGUUUCCCUUCCUUUUUUUAAGUAGGGAUAGUAAUUUUGUCUAAGGUUUAACCAAACAGUUAAAAAAAUAAAUGUAUUUAAAAAUGAAAACGUAUCGACCAAACAGAAAAAUGAAUUGGUUCAGCAGGCAAAAAUAAUCGGAAAUUUAUAAAAACUUUACUAAUUUUUUUUUGUAAAAUCAAUUUUUAUUCUCAAAUGAGUCCCACACAAGUUUGUUUUCAUCAAGUAAAAUUUAAAAAUAUUAUGGGGCAAACAGGGAAAAUAAAGAAUUUUUUCUAUCAUCUUCUCCUCAUACUUGAGGACAAAGAUAUCUCUAUUUGUAAAUGGUCCAGAAAUGAUGUGCUAUACGCGUGGAAAGAUUGAAUAUCUGCAAUUACGGAACUUCAUCUGACACAAAGCUCAAUUACGUGUACGUAUCAUAUUAGUUAUGUUAUAUAUUUUGUAAUUCAAGCUCUCUUUUGUAUUUAUAAAGUGUGUGUAAGUAUACAUUCUUUUUAUUUCUGUAUUCGUUAUAAUAUCAUGAACAGAUAAAUAUAUAUUUGUAUGAGUCUA